UUGUGGACCACGCAGUACGUUUAUAUAUGUGCUGCACCCUCAAACAUUUCGAUCGGUCGUGCCAAGAACUAGUAUCUCAACAUGGGUCAGAUCUUCACCACGCCCACAUACGACUACACGCAGACGUCGCAGGAGGGCUCGCCCACCUCCACCACCCCCACCACCCAUGAAAAGGCCGAUCUGAUUGUGCCCGGUGGUGUUGCGGCCUUUCGAGGGCGGGAUCCGAGAUCAAUUUCCCAAGAAGUGAAUCGAACGCCGAUUCAAUUGGACAAGUCGGAAGAAGAUCAAGCCUCAGUUGGAUCGACCUCAACCGAUGCUAAGAGUCAAGAAGGCUCCCAAGAGAACUGGAUCCAUAAAAAGAUGAAGUCUUUAUCCUUGGAUCCACGUUCGCCCUCUGGUAUUCCGCGAACCCCGAUCAUGAUCCAGGACUCACCCAAUGCCAAAGACAAUUCGGCUGACCAAGACUCUGAAACCACUCCCAUCAUGCACAAGAAGCCUCCUCUUCGUGGGCACCACGCCAUGCCCGCUUCCAAGUUGUCCUUUUCCCCCGAGGUCGACGCUGUUGAUAAGGAGAACAACCCACCCUCGACCAUUCGACCCAAACUGGAGUCGCCCAAUAUCCUCAUUGAAAACCCGAGCUCACCCAUCCUGGCCAAAGAUAACAACGUGGUCGUGGUUAAACGGGCCCUGGGCACUCAAUCCCAAGUGAGUUCGGAUUCGAGGCUACCUUUGAUCGAGGCUAACAUGGUCGAGGUUAGUCCACCCACGAAUUACUUACGAGAAAACACGGACGACACCACGUUUGCGCCUCAAGUGAACAGCACCGUGGUCAUUUAAGGCGCUCAUCUUGCUCACACUUCCUUCUCUAGCCAUCUUUUAUACAUAAUCUCUCCUUAAUUGGUACAUGGACGCAACAUUCAAUAGUCAUAUAUUGCAAAUAUAAAUUGUAUUACUCAGUAA